GUGGCUCCGCCAGGCCCUGGCUUCGGCCACUUCAGUUGAGGCAGCCUUGGCGCCAUGGAGGGGCCCAGGACGGCCCCUCAGUCGUACUUGGGGCUGGUUCUGGAAAAGCUACGCAGGGUUGUGGCAGCGUUGCCUGAAGAUAUGAGAGGUCCUAAUCCCUAUGGUUUCCCAUGGGAAUUGGUGAUAUGUGCAGGUGUUGGAUUUUUUGUUGUUCUCUUGUUUUUGUGGAGAAGUUUUCAAUCGGUUAGAAGCCGGCUUUAUGUGGGGAGAGAGAACAAGCUUGCUGUAGAACUUUCUACGCUAAUUGAUGAAAAAUGUAAACUACUUGAAAAAUUUAGUCUUGUUCAAAAAGAGUGUGAAGGCUUAGAAUCAUCCUUAAAGGAUGCCAGUUUUGAGAAGUCAACAGAAGCACAAAGUUUGGAGUUUGUUGAAGGAUCACAAAUAUCAGAGGCAGUCUAUGAAAAUCUGAACAAGUCUAAAUCUGAACUGGAGGAUGAAAUACUUUUUCUGGAAAACCAAUUAAAAGAAGAGAAAUCUAAACAUUCCGAACAAGAUGAAUUGAUGGUGGAUAUUUCAAAAAGGAUACGGUCCCUAGAAGAUGAAUCAAAAUCUCUUAAAUCACAAGUGGCUGAAGCCAAAACAACCUUUAAAAUAUUUCAAAUGAAUGAAGAACGACUUAAGAUAGCUAUAAAAGAUGCUUUGAGUGAAAAUUCCCAACUUCAGGAAAGCCAGAAACAGCUUUUACAAGAUGCUGAAGAAUGGAAAGAACAAGUGAGUCAACUUAAUAAACAGAAAAUAACAUUUGAAGACUCCAAAGUGAAUGCAGAACAAGUUCUGUGUGAUAAAGAAAAUCAGAUCAAGUCUCUUACUGAACGCUUGAUAAAGAUGAAAGAUUGGGCUGCUGUGCUGGGAGAAGACAUAAACGAUGAUAACUUGGAGUUGGAAAUGAGUGAAUCAGAAAAUGGUAUGCAGUUGGAUAAUCAACCAAAAGGAGCUUUGAAGAAGCUGAUUCAUGCUGCUAAGUUAAAUGCUUCUUUAAAAACCCUGGAAGGAGAAAGAAACCAAAUUUACAUUCAAUUAUCUGAAGUAGAUAAGACAAAAGAAGAGCUUACAGAGUGUAUUAAAAAUCUCCAGACUGAACAAGCAUCUUUGCAGUCAGAAAAUAUACAAUUUGAAAGUGAGAAUCAGAAGCUUCAGCAGAAACUUAAAGUAAUGACCGAAUUGUAUCAAGAAAAUGAAAUGACACUUCACAGGAAAUUAACAGUAGAGGAAAAUUACCGAUUAGAGAAAGAGGAGAAACUUUCCAAAGCAGAUGAAAAGAUCAGUCAUGCAGCUGAAGAGCUGGAGACCUACAGAAAGCGAGCCAAAGAUCUUGAAGAAGAAUUGGCGAGAACCAUUCAUUCUUAUCAAGGGCAGAUUAUUUCCCAUGAGAAAAAAGCACAUGAUAAUUGGUUGGCAGCUCGGACUGCUGAAAGAAAUCUUAAUGAUUUGAGGAAAGAAAAUGCUCACAAUAGACAAAAAUUAACUGAAACAGAGUUUAAAUUUGAACUUUUAGAAAAAGAUCCUUAUGCACUUGAUGUUCCAAAUACAGCAUUUGGCAGAGAGCAUUCCCCAUAUGGUCCCUCACCAUUGGGUCGACCUUCAUCUGAAACGAGAGCUUUUCUCUCCCCUCCAACUUUGUUGGAGGGUCCACUCAGACUCUCACCUUUGCUUCCAGGGGGAGGAGGAAGAGGCUCAAGAGGCCCAGGGAAUCCUCUGGACCAUCAGAAUACCAGUGAAAGAGGAGAAUCAAGCUGUGAUAGGUUAGCUGAUGCCCACAGAGCACUUUCUGACACUGGGUCCCUUUCACCUCCAUGGGAACAGGAUCGUAGGAUGAUGAUCCCUCCAUCAGGCCAAGCAUAUCCUGAUCCAGCUUUUCCUCCACAAAGGCAAGACAGAUUUUAUUCUGAUUCUGGCAGACUAUCUGGGCCAGCAGAGCUCAGAAGUUUUAAUAUGCCGUCUUUGGAUAAAGUGGAUGGUCCAGUGUCUUCAGAAAUGGAAUCCAGUAGAAAUGAUAAAAAAGACAACCUUGGUAAUUUAAAUGUGCCUGAUUCAUCUUUCCCUGCCGAAAGUGAAGCAGUGGGCCCUGGCUUCAUUCCUCCACCUCUUGUUCCAAUCAGGGCUCCAUUGUUUCCAAUGGAUACAAGGGGCCCAUUCAUGAGAAGAGGACCUCCUUUUCCUCCACCUCCUCCAGGAAGCAUGUAUGGAGCUCCCCGAGAUUAUUUUCCACCAAGGGAUUUCCCUGGCCCACCACAUCCUCCAUUUGCAAUGAGAAAUGUCUAUUCACCGAGAGGUUUUCCUCAUUACUUUCCCCCAAGAGCUGGAUUUUUCCCCCCACCCCCACAUCCUGAGGGUAGAAGUGAGUUCCCAUCAGGGUUGAUUCCACCUUCAAAUGAGCCUACUACUGAGCAUCCAGAACCACAACAAGAAACUUGAUAAUGUUUUUGAUCUCUCUUCAAAAAUAAUUUUGACUUCUCUCUCAUUUUCAGUUUAAGUAACUGCUGUUACUUAAGUAAUUAUACUUUUGCUCAAAUUGAAGCUUAAUGGAAUUAUAAUUCUCAGGAUAGUAUUUUGUAAAUAAAGAUGAUUUAAAUAUGAAACUUAUGAGUAAAUUAUUUCCAUUUUAUUUUAUUCUAGGUAGUAUAAUUAUUUUAAUUUGAUUAACAAAUCCACUAUCACAUAAACAAUAAUGGGAGUUUUAUAUGUAAUCUUGCAGUUGGGGAUGUUUUAAACUCCAAAGGCUGUGUCUUUUUGCCAAGAACUGUAUUUACUAUGGUUGUAGACAAAUGUGAAAGUAACUUUAUGCUUAAUUAAA